UCUAAUGUUCCGCUUCGGUCCUUCUCGGUCAUUGAGCGUUUCAGUUCAAUCAUGGCGAUGCACGCUAAAGCGACUCCGCCGCAGAUUCCAGACACCCGCCGUGAGCUCUCCGAGCUGGUCAAGAGAAAACAAGAGCUUGCGGAGACCCUGGUGAAUUUGGAAAGACAGAUCUAUGCUUUUGAAGGAAGUUACCUGGAGGACACUCAGAUGUAUGGAAACAUCAUCAGAGGAUGGGACAGAUAUUUGACCAAUCAGAAGAAUUCCAACAGCAAGACCGAUCGGAGGAACAGGAAGUUUAAGGAAGCGGAACGUCUCUUCAGCAAAUCCUCCGUAACAUCAGUGGCGGCCGUUUGUGCUCUUGGAGGAAUUCCUGAUCAUAUGAACGAAAAGCGUGAACCAGGCAGUGGAACAGAGAGCGACACAUCCCCUGAUCUCCAGAACCAGGAAAAUGAGCCCAGCCAGGAGGACACAGAGGAAGCGGAUGGAGCCCUGCAAGACCUGAAACCCCAGAAAGCUGCUUCUUCUUCUUCUGGAAGCCACCACAGCAGCCACAAGAAACGCAAGAAUAAGAACCGACACAGCCCCUCUGGCAUGUUUGAUUAUGACUUUGAAUUUGACAUGAAGAUGAACAAGAAGCCAAGAGCGGAUUACUCGAAUUGACUCAACGGGGCAGGCCAGUGUGCAGACCUGCACAAAACUAAACCUCAAAGUUCUUCAUCUUCAGAUUCGCUUCAGUCCAGAACUUCUAGAUCUUUCCUACACUGACCGUUGUGUGAAUCUCCCAUGUGAUUUUCAUUUUGUGAUCCACCUGUUCAUGCAUGAUGUGUGUUGGCAGACGUGAGUUUUAAGCUCUGCUGUGUUUCAUAAUGCUGGACGUGAUUUAUGAUGUCACAUGGAUGAUGCAUCAGUCCAAACCUUUUCAUUUUUCUUGAAUAUCAGUCAGUUUUGUUUUUUCUUUGUAUAGCUAAUGUAAAAAAGUCAGUCAUUGUCAUUUUUUUCUGUUGUUUUUUACCAUCUUGUUUUGAAUAAAAGUGAAAUAACAAAA